ACCAUGUGACCAAACAGAAAAAUACUUCGAAGUUCAAGAUGGCGACGUUUUUGGCUGUUCCUCUGAAACAGACCCAAGAAGUUGAAUUUAUCAAGCCUAUGAGAAGUUUCAUUCAAAAUACAUUUAGCCAAGCAGACCCAGAUGAUUAUAACAAAGCUCUCAAUGAAUUUAGUAAACUAAGAAAUCUUAUGAUUGCAAAAUCUGUCGAUAAACACGACAGCGCGCUAGAAAUUUUGUAUCGGUAUUAUGACCAAGUUGUUGCAAUCGAAAACAAAUUACCAAUUGCAGAAAAUCAGAUAAGAGUAAAUUUCAAGUGGAGAGAUGCUUUUGAUAAAGAAUCAUUAUUCUCUGGGAAGAGGAUUUUGGCUAUAGCGUCCGGUUCCUAUGAGAAAGUAUGUAUGUUGUUUAACAUUGCUGCUCUACAGACACAGAUAGCUGAGGUACAGAACCAUGAUAGUGAUGAAGGACUUAAAACUUCAGCUAAAUAUUUCCAGUCUGCCAGUGGUAUUUUUGGACACCUGAAGGAUGUUGUAUUGUCACAUAUACAACAGGAUCCAACACCUGACAUGAACCCAGACACGCUUAAUGCUCUCAGUGCCUUAAUGGUUGCUCAGGCCCAGGAAACAAUUUACAGAAAAUGUGCAAAUGAUAAGAUGAAAGAUGUUAUGGUUGCUAAAGUUGUACAUCAGUGUUCAGAACUAUAUGCUGAUGCUAUGAAAUUGAUGCAGUUGUCAACCCUGAAAGAACUUUGGCCAAAGGAAUGGAUUCCAAGUGUUGUGAUGAAGCAAGCAGCAUUCCAUGCAAUGGCAGAAUUUUACCAGAGCUGUGUCUGUAAAGAGGCAAGAAGUUAUGGAGAACAAAUAGCAAGACUUCAGCAUGCAAAUGAUUUAAUGGCUGCAUCAAGUCAGAGAGGAGGAACAACUUUCAAUUUUAGAAAUGAACAAGGAAAAAUCCAGAGAGAGCUGCAGUCUGCGAAGAAAGACAAUGAUUUUAUUUAUCACGAUAAAGUUCCUGAUGUGAAAACAUUAGAUCCAAUUGGGAAAGCACAAAUUGCUAAGCCUUCACCACUUCCAUCAAGAGAGUUUAGCGAUAAAUUUCAAGACUUGUUUUCGAAACUGGUUCCAAUACCUGUAUAUGAUGCCCUUAAUGCAUUUGAGAACAGGAAGAACACAAUUAUAAGUGGGGAAAUAGGUCGCCUAAGAGAAGCCUCAACUUUAAUGAAUAGUGUCUUAGCUUCAUUAAAUCUACCAGCAGCAAUAGAGGAUGUGUCUGGCAGUAACAAAGUUCCACAGUCUGUCUUAGAUAAGGCCAAACAAGUACAAGACCAGGGAGGAAUGCAACAUCUAGACAAGUUAAUCAAUGAUUUACCAGAAUUAUUGUGUAGAAACAGAGAAAUUUUAGAUGAUUGCAUUAAACAACUAGAUGAUGAAGAACAGUCAGAUAAACAGUUAAGAGACCAGUUUAAAGAAAGAUGGAGCAGGACUCCAUCAGACAAACUAACCAAACCAAUGAAAGAUGAAUGUAUGAAAUACAAACAUAUAUUAGAUACUGCCAUAGGAGCAGACAAAGUUGUACAAGAGAAAUAUGCUGCACAUAAGAGUGCAAUUGCUCUGUUGUCAAAACCCUUCGCUGAAAUAGAGAAAGGGAUACCAAGUGCUGGAUCAUAUGGUGGACUGCAGAAUAAUAGUGCUGUUCAACAACUUAAAAAAAUGAUGGAAGAAGUAGCGACAAUCAAGGCAGAACGGGAGGUUAUAGAAACAGAAAUUAAGGAUGUUACAUUUGAUAUGUCAAGCAAGUUUUUCAGUGCAAUGGCUUCAGAUGGUUUAAUUGAUGAAGAAUCUUUAUCUGUUGGAGAACUUGACAGAAUGUACGGUCCACUUAGAGAACAAGUCAACGAUAGUAUACAGAGACAAGAAAUGUUAAUGGGAAGAGUACAGAACACAAAUACAGAGUUCUGUCAAGCAAAGGCAUCCAAUCAGGGAGCAGCACAAAGAGAACAAGUAUUAAAAGAUCUGGCUGCUGGAUUUGACAUGUAUAUGGAAUUAAAGAGCAAUUUAGAGGAGGGAACAAAGUUUUACAAUGACUUGACACCAUUGUUAGUGAAAUUACAGAACAAAAUCUCAGAUUUCUGUUUUGCUCGUAAAACAGAGAAAGACGAACUGAUGUCUGAUUUACAGAAGAGAAUUGCAAGUCAGCCAAGUGGACCAGCCCCUAAAGCCCCAAGUUAUCAGAGCCCACCAGAGUCCACACAGAGUAGAGUUCCACCACCGAGGCCACCUCCUCCGUCUUAUACUUCUGCACCAGGACCAGCACCCGGUUAUGCCCCACCAGGUUCAAAUCAACCACAGGCCAAUGCUCCUCCCCCACAUGAACAACAACCAGCACAACAGAGCUACGGACAACCUGGUGCAUGGGGACAACAGUCACCAUAUCCACUGAGUAUGUCUAUGCCAGCAAUGCCGUCAGGGUUUAAUGCAUAUAACCCAUACAUGCAACCCUACCCAGGACAACAGCAACCUCCUUAUCCAGGACAACAGCCAUAUGGUGGGCAACAACCAAUGCAGUAUCCCGGACAACAACCAUAUCCCGGACAACAACAGCCAUAUCCAGGACAACAGCAGCCACAGUACCAAAAUCCUCCCUAUCCACAACAACCACAGUGGCGCUAACAAUUUUAUAUAUUAAUAGCAGUGAUUUUUAUAUUCCGUUUUUCAUGGUGAUUUUGUAUGGUUUGGUAUAAACCACACAUUGUUAGACCUUGUUGUUACGUUAAUAUAUUGGUUCAUAUGCAUAGUCAGUGUAUUGUUUUGUUAUUUAAAGGAUGUAAUUAAAAUUAUCAAUUUAUUGGAUUAUUUCAGUGCAUACAGUUGCUUUUAAAAAUAAAUCUUAGAUGCAUUAAAAAAAAAGAAUCCAGAGGCCCUGGUUUCUCUAUUUUUGUCAUGGAUGUUUUUCCUAGCAUUGUAAGCUAUAUAGUGCUUAAAGGCUGUUUUGUUUUUGUUUUUCAAAGGCUAGGUUUUUCUCUCAGGAUUAAAAAAAAACAAAAAAACAAUGUUAGCAGUUAUUACUUUGUGAGAAUUGUUGUGAAUCUGUCAUUGAAUAUGAUUUAAAAGUUAUGUGAAAAAUGAAUUACAUUUAUUAUGUGGAAAAAAUGAAUCCCAUUUAUUAUGUGGAAAAAUGAAUCCCAUUUAUUAUGUGGAAAAAAUGAAUCCCAUUUAUUAUGUGGAAAAAAUGAAUCCCAAACCUUCAAAAAAUUAAGUGUAUCGUACUAUUGGUUAUCAUUGAAGAGUUUUGCAAAAGAAUGCUUACUUAUCACCAUUUAUAAGUUUGUUAUUGUAGUGUGAAACAAUACAAUUAUUAACUAACAAAUAACAUUACUUUCAAACUAUAUUGUGUAAAAACAAAUUAUUAGUUCAAGAUAAGAAUCAUGCUAUAUGGCAUUCUGUGCUAAAUUCCAUGUUGAGACCAUCUUUAAAAUAUUCUUAAUUUUUUAGGUAAAGAAAAUUUCAAAGGAUCAAGCAUACUAUAAAUAGCUACCACUAAAUACCAUCCUAAUAUACAUGAUAUAUAUUUAGUUAGAGAUUAAGCAACUAAACAAUCAAUCUUUUAAUAUAAUUGCUAUGAAUUUUUGCCCUAUCUUUAUUUUUAGUAUUUUAGUGAAUUUGAUUUGACACAUGCUACUUUAUGUUUUUAUUUCAAUAUUUGCUGACAUAAUUUGUAGGUUGGUCUAUUAAAAUUAUGAGUUUCUAUAGAAUAACAACUAAAUAGCUCUGUAUCGUAAAAUUCUGGUAAAUAUUAUUUACUAAAUGUUGUCAAAACCGUUUUUCUCUGCUUCGACAACAAAGUUAUUUUGAUUUUUUCCAGAAUAAACUGCACAAAAUAUACUGAUAGCAGCUAUUGUGGUAUUGGUGGCUUUAUAUUGUUGUCAUUCAAUCUUUAUAGACAUUAGAAUAUUUGUUUUCUGCAUCAGAAAAAUUUGAAAGAAAGAGUUACUGCCCUUUGAAUGUAAAUUUAUACUAAUUCCUUCUGUUAUGUAGUUCAGUAGAUUUAUUAUUAAAAAAAGUUUUUAUGCAAUUAGUAAGCAACUUUCAAGUAAUUAUUCUUAAUACAUAUUUAAUCAAAAGUAAUAAUAAAUAAUAAGAAGAAAAGAUCUUGAUGCAAUAUACUUUUGUGUAGAAAUUAUCUGUUCAACCAGACGGUCAAGGUCGUUUAAAACCACCAAAGUUUGGUAGUGAUGUAGUAAAAAUUUCAUUUUGUGGUAGGACAAUUGAAUCAGAUAGAAAUGUUCCUAAUGAAACAGUCAAAACUAUUAGAAGGGAAUGAAGAUUUAACUUCAAGGGGGUGAUUAGGGUUUUAUCCUAAAAAAAAAUAUCUGAUCUGAUGAAAAAAAAUCUGAAUGCAGAUUUCCCUUAUAGUAUUAAAUAUUGAAAAACAUACCCCCCUUUAAAGUUCAAUGGUUGCUCCUUAAACACUAAAUUUCUUGAUGAUGUGUAUAUUUGACCGACAGAAAUUAAGUCUUACAGGACUAAAAAUAUAAUACAUAUGUCAGUUGUCACUGUAAAGAAAGUGGACAGUCAUUAAAGCAAUUUUAAAAGAGAAAGCCUUUUCCUUUUUUAGCAUUACAUGAUAUUUAGUUUAGAGUUUGGGUUGAAUGUGGAAUUAUAAAAUCAGGUAUUGUAAAAAAUGUCAUAUUUACACAAAAUUGGGAUCAUUUAUAAUUAUGCUUUCCACAUGUGCACUGCACAUAAAUAAUUAUCUGUGUGGUAGGAAAAGGAUAUUGUUAUGUAUGUACACAGAAUGGUUAUGAUUAUUUAUACACAAUUAUAUCAAUUUUUCUGAUUUGUUAAUUGUGAAAUUAUGUUAUUGUCAUCAUUAAAUUAUCUUAUUUCUACAAGAAAACUAGUUA